AUGGUGCUGGAAAGUGAGACCCCUGGGCUGGAAGGCACCUAUCAUAUUACCAGAGAUGAACGUGAACGUUUUUCAAGUAGCGAAGGCAUUUAUGACGUGGACGAGACAAAUCCAUCAGGACUCCCGCCUGCUGAUGUGGCUCCGAGCAAAAGGAAGCGUCUACGUUUUUCAACAACUAUUCAUAAUAUCAGCACAUGGAAUGUUUGCGGCAUGAACAUAGGCAAGCAAGAAAUGCAACGACUUCAUAUCGACCUGCAGUCAGCAAAGCUGUAUACUCUUUUAACAUUGCUAGCGAUCGAAUUAUAUCCAUACGCAUCACUGGAAGCCCCCGCUCAAUCACGGUUCUACAAGCAUAUGCACUAA